AUGUUCUACGCAAUUGGACUGGGUCUGGCAGAUGAAAAGGACGUGUCGGUCAAGGGUCUCGAGAUCAUCAAGCGCGCCGAGCGUGUCUAUCUCGAAGCCUAUACCGCCGUCCUGCUCGUCGAGAAGGAAGUCCUGGAAGCUUACUAUGGCCGUGAAGUAAUCAUCGCCGACCGUGAGAUGGUCGAAUCCUCGUCAGACGAGAUCCUCGAGGGCGCCGACAAGGUCGACAUUGCCUUNUUGGUCGUUGGCGAUCCCUUCUCAGCUACCACACACACCGACUUCAUCAUUCGCGCUCGCGAGAAGAACAUUCCCACUCGCAUCUUGCCCAAUGCCUCCAUCUUGACUGGUGUCGGAUGCACCGGUCUCUCGCUCUACAACUUCGGCCAGACCGUCUCCAUGGUCUUCUUCACAGACAAUUGGAAACCCGCCAGUUACUAUGACCGCGUCAAGGAGAAUGUCGCCCUGGGUCUGCAUACUCUGGUGUUGCUUGACAUCAAGGUCAAGGAGCCCAACCUCGAAGCUCUGGCCAGAGGCAGAAUCGUCUACGAGCCACCACGCUUCAUGACCGUCGCCCAAUGCGCCCAACAGAUGAUCGAGACCGAGGAGGAGAAGGGCGAGGGCAUUUGCUCAAAGGACAGCCUAGCCGUUGGUGUCGCCCGCGUUGGCGCCGAUGACCAGGAAAUCGUUGCUGGUACAUUGGAGCAGCUCGCCCAGGCUGACUUGGGCAAGCCUCUGCACAGUCUGGUCCUCAUUGGAAAGCGCAUGCACGACAUGGAGAAGGACUACGUUCGCGAGUACGCUGUCGACAAGAACGUAUUUGACGACAUCUUUGCCAGAGACUACCACCAGUCAUAG